GAAGAAGAAGGGGGAGGGAGGGCGUGCGGUUCCUCCGCCUACAACGCCCAUGUCAACGCAGGGAGAAGUCCUCUUUUCAACCGUGUCUAUACUCGUACGGGAAACAGAAGCAGAAGAGUUGCUACCGGAAGUAAGUCGCGUGUAUUUAUUUUACUUUUCCCGUACCUGCUGCCUGCCUCUUUUCCUAAACAUGAAAUAAAGCAAAGUGGGUUUUCGGGGCGGCUUCCGUCAGGACACGACCUUCGUGGAGGUAGAGCGUUGAAAUCAGGAGUGGCCGACUCACUGCUGACUUAAGGUCAGACGUUUAGAGCUACAACAGGUCUGCAGUGAUUCAACUCUCUCUGGAGUGCACAGCCUUUGGUGCUGGGACCACACAGGAGGUUUUCCACAGCGUUGGUAACAUCUCCAGUCUUAGGCCCGGGUGGAAGAUGUGCUGUAUGACACCAAGAAGAGAGGAGGGGCAUGAGGAGGAGGGAAGUACAGCCGAAGUUCAAGUUGGGGUGUGGCCGCCUACUGACUGUUUGGAUGGCAGAGUCAAACCUGUUGAAAAACAGGUUCAGUACAGUACUCUGCUCUCUCAGACCAAUCUGCUCCUCCUCAUCAUCUAUUGGACACCUAAGUAUGGGGUAAGAGCAACUAGAAAAAGCGAAGACAAGAAAAGUCAACGAGGUCUUUUGUCCUGUUAAGGUUGCAACUAGAGAAAAAACAGGAUGCAGUGGAAGAGAGUAAAGUUUAUCGUGAUAAUGGUCAUGGUCAACCUCUUCAUAUUCAUCCUAAUGUGUCGGCAAAGCGGCCAAGACAAGAAUGGACGUCAGAAGAUAAUUGUCCCUUCAAAACCCUUCUGGACUAAACUCUCUCCCGUUGACGCUUAUUGGAACCGUCAACAGCAGAUUCUGGAUUUCCAUAACAAUCCUAACUGGUCGGUCAACCGCAGUUCUACGGAUCUGCCCGAGUGGCUCGCCCAAACCAGCGUGAGCUCUAACACGUGUGACCAGAACAUUAAAGUAACCACUCAGGUCAAAGAGUACAACGUUUUACCAGAUCGCUUUAAGGAUUUUCUGCUUCAUAUGCAUUGCCGCUCUUACCCCAUUGUCGUGGACCAGCUGGAUAUUUGUAAAGAGCCGCCAUUUUUGCUCCUAGCCAUUAAAUCCCAGAUACCGCACUUCGACCGCCGUCAGGCUAUCCGCCAGUCUUGGGGACAAGCAGGUGUUUUAGCCAAUCGUACCAUAGUUACCGUUUUCCUUCUUGGAAUGUCCUCAUCCUGGGAUUUCCAUCCCGAUCUCUCAGACAGUUUGCGCGAUGAAAUCGGUCGCCACCCAGAUAUUAUCCAGUGGGAUUUCCGGGAUUCAUUUUUCAACUUAACCGUCAAAGAAGUUCUCUUCCUGGAAUGGAUUCAAAGUCGUUGCCAAGGUGCUCAGUUCAUUUUCAAAGGUGAUGAUGACGUCUUUGUCAACACGUACCUCAUUCUCGACUUCCUCAAUGGCCUAUCGGAGGACAAGGCCAAGAGCCUGUUCGUAGGUGAUGUGAUUAACGACGCGGGGCCACACAGAGACAAGAAAGUGAAAUACUUUAUCCCAGAAAGCUUGUACGUUGGGAAAUAUCCUCCAUAUGCCGGAGGCGGUGGCUACCUUUACUCCGGCAGUGUGGCGGCUCACCUGUAUGAAGUGUCGCGUCUGGUUCCCCUUUACCCAAUCGACGACGUCUACACGGGUAUGUGUUUGAGGAAAGCAGGCCUGGGCCCGGAGAAACACAAAGGCUUUAAAACGUUUGACAUAGAAGAAAAGUAUAGGACCAACCCCUGUGCCUACAAAAGUUUAAUUCUUGUUCACCCAAGGACACCACAGCAAAUGAUCGAAAUAUGGGGCUGGCUCAGGAGGUCAGACCUGAACUGCCAGUGACGACUCGGCGCGAGGCGUGGGGUAAGAUGUCCCUAACGGAGAAGACAUUGUGGGAUUCGACCUAGUCGGGGAAAACAUCAUGAAUGUCAUCAAUAGCAUGAAUUACUUCGACUGGGCGGCAGCUGUCACUUAAUGAUAACAAUGGUCACGUCGAACUACGGCUUGAUGCAUUUAAUGCCUUCCAAAAGUUAGGACAGGUGUAGCGUGAGCAGCAUUUCCGAACGCUCAAACCUAGUAGUAUUUCGACGAUAUGUCACACUGCUAUUUGGCAAGCUGAUCUUGCUUUAUUGUACAAACCGGGCUUCACCGAGUGGUGUCCAACGCCCCCUGUGUCUGUGUGUACAUAUUGAUACAACUAUUUAUGAUGCCUUUUCAAUGCUUUAACACUGUGUGGGCUCCACGUGGAGCAUGUUAUUGCUGUAUUAUAUUAAUAUCGAGUCUCAGAUCUACAACGUGUCCCCCUUGGGGGGCUCUUUUAGGUAAGAGAUACUGACGUUUUUAGCACAAUGUGUCCCGGUAAAACGGUGUUUUUUUAUUGCAAGCAGUGUUUAAAGUAAAGCUAACUUUAUUUUAACCCUACGUACAAAACCCUAUUAGUAUUGUAUGCAGUUUUGCUGCUGCAAGCUUAGUUUGUGCUGCUACACCUGUUUUCCUGUUUUCUGCCAAAAGUGUUUUCUGUUAUGUCACUCCAACUCGAUUUAAAACCUUUCAUACUAGACGGCGGCGGGGGGGAAAAAAAAACUGGAUCUGUUCAGUGAAUUCUCGUUUAUCAACAAGGGCUAAUUUUCAGUGGGUUUCGUCUGUGUUGUUGAGAAGUAAAUCAGUAGGCGAUUAAAUCGAAUCGUAAAAAAAAAAAAAUGUAAGUUGUAACUUUAAGUUGACCCUGUGAUUGACUGGUGACCCUGCCCGAUUUUAGCUGGGAUUGGCACUGCACUCAAAUUAAUGGGUGCAUGCAAGGAUGGAUGGAUGGAUGGAUGGAUGGAUGGAUGGAUGGAUGCGUUCUCUUACUGGUAAUUUUUUUUUUUUUUUUUUUUUUUUUGCUACUGGUAAAUACUUUAAAGGUUGGAGGUAAAUAUGUGCUGUACAUUUGUUUGAGUGCGUACUACAAUUUGAUUUCAAGAAAUAAGUGGAGGAUUUGUCUACCCCUGUAGCGCUCAGCAGGUCUGAGUGUGGUUUGACCUAGAUGAAGAAAUCCUAAUGCUGUUUUUUUUUUUUUUUUUUUUUUUUUUUCCCUGCUUGAGCUUUCUUACAAACCAAGAGUGCACUCGAGCACGCACGCAGUCGAACUGCUCCACAAAACUGUCACUAUGUUUUGCCUUUUGUGUCACGUACGUACGUUUGGACAUGUGGCUUUAAAGUGACUUUCAUUACUUCGAGGUGAAUGUGCUGUAAAAGAGGUCGGACCGUAGACUGUAUAUAUAUAUAUAUAUAUAUAUAUACACUCAACCAAACAAAGCUGUGUUGCCUUAACAGUAGAGCUGCAGUGGAGUGUCGGAAGGCCUAAGAUGUUUUGGCCAAAGUGCCUUGGAUUGAAUUGAAGUCUAUGUAAAAUGACUUCAAAUUUGAUACAUUUCCAUCAAUUGGGAUUGACAUCGAAGGCGUCCAAUGGGGAAACCGACCGCGUAGUGUAGUGGCUGUCAUGGCAUAUUGGUCUACUGGCACGUGACCACACCACUGCUGAUUAUCUCAUGGACAUUUUUCCUCCAUCUGUCCACGUGUUGUAAGAGUUUACAAAAUUGGUCUUUUUUUUUUUUUAUCAAGAUUUAGUCUAUUCACCAUCAAGAACUCACCAAUGACAUAGUACGGCACUUUGGCAAAGAGCGGACGACAUCUUUGUCCACAUAUGUGGGCUACACGUAGGAAUUUAAACGUUAUGUCUAAUGUAUUGGUUGCGUUAAUUACUUGACGAAUUGGCUAUGCAAUGUUCACCGGUCGCCAUCAAAAAAAAAAAAGCAAAAAAAAAAAAGCAUCUUAUUUUUUUCGUAUAUUCUCUACUUUACAUUGUCGUAGGAAACAUUUGACGUCAUGUUUUACAAGUGUUCCUGGUCAUUUAUGGUUCUCAUAGGAAGUAGUGUUUUGUUUUACCUUUUUCUUUUAUACAUUUCUUGGUGGUGGCAUUUAAAGGUCAGGAAUUGUUGGUAAUAAACUUAAUUUGUAUUUGGGUGUUAUUUAAUUGCUUGGUUUUUAAUUUUGUUCACAGUCUUCAGCAGGUGGUGCCCUUUACGCUGAGUAAAUAUUGGAUAAUUACAUUAAGUACCAGUCAUCCUCUUCAUCUGUACAUUUUUUUUUUUUUUUUUUUUUUUUUUUAAAGUUGUGAAAAACAACUCUGGAAUUUAACCUUGACGACAUUUAAUUAGACCCAGCACAAAAAAACAGGCUGGUGCAUUAGAAGUCCAUUGUCUCACACAAACAAAGGACUCAAAAACGACUAAAAAUAUACUUUUCUAUUUUUAAAAAAAAUAUAUAAAAAAUCAUUAUUUAGGCGUCCGUUAACUGCUGAAGUACUGAUUCUAGAACCAUUUCUUGCUGCUGGUAGUUCAUGGUUUAAUUUACAAUUAAGUCAUGUGAGAAAUUUUUUUUUUUUUUUUUUGGCAUUUGCAAUACCCAAGUAAUUAUAUUUUUAAAAAAAUCCCAAAAGACAAAAAGUAGAGUUUCUUCAGUUAACAAUGACAAUCUUCUGUGUUUGGAUAGAAAAUUUGUAAUGCUUUAAAAUCGCUGGUUCUUCAAUGUAUUUAUUUAUUUUUUUUUUUAUUUUUUUUUUUUUUUGGUCAUCUUUGUUUAGUAGAGUUUAAAGGUUGGGGUUCAGCAUUUCAAUCAACAGCUGCUUUCUAGAGUCAACCCUUAGGAACAUGGAAAGAUGAAUGUAAAGCUACGUAAAGCUGUCCGUUAGUCGUCUCACACAGGGAAAGGCAUUGAUUUAUCCCGGUAUUUGUGCUCCCCCUGCUGGUUAGAUGGCUUUGUACAGCUGGUUGAAAUCUGACGUACACGUGCAAGUGAAAGUGUCAUUUUUUUUUUCAUUUCAUUCGUCGUUUUUGAACAUUUAUUUCAGUUUUAGUUUAUUAUUCAUGCACUCAAAGUUGGAUUUUUAAAAUGACAAUCAGGGUAGAUUUUUUUUUUUUUUUUUGUUCUUCAUAAGUAAAUAUUCUCAACUACUGAUCUCUCUAUGCAUGAAGAAUAUAAUGGGUGAGAAGACCAGAAAAAAAAAAGCAGCAUCACCUUCACCUGUUUACUUUGUAGUUGAAAAGUCAAAGGUUGCAUCAUAGUCCUCACUGCACACAAUUUGUGGCUACUUGAAAUGUUGUCAUGUGUUGACGAGACUCUGGUCUCUUCAGUCACUCUGGUCCAGUUGCCUGGGCUGACGUUUGUUUGUUUUUUUGUUUUUUUUUUUCAAAUCACUUUCAGUCUCUGUGUUGAUUCUGGUAUUGAAACACGCGUAGAACGUAUUGGGAUAAAAAAACAGAUGCAUUUGGUUCAUCAUAUACCAAAUCAUUUUAAUUUCAAAGAAUGUCAGCAAAGGUCAAUUUCACUGUUUUAUCACACGUUUUAAAAUCUUACCCACUGACCUUUUUUUUUUUUUCUUUUUUUUAAGUUAAUGUGCCUAAUGUUUGUAUACUACAUGUGAUGUUUGUAUGUAUGAGGCGUGAUCCCGUCUUUGUUAGGAAUGAUUCGGUUGUAUGUAUAUAUAUAUAAUGUUUGCCUUUUUGUAUAUCAGAUUCUAUGUGUUUUUAUUGUUCUACAAAUAAAUUUUGUGACCUUAAUGUUGA